AUGCCCUUUUUUUUAAGAACCCUCUUUCUCCACAUCCAAACCCACUUCCAAGGCCGAGUAGACACCUCCCUAGACCUCCUCAGACUCCUCGAAGCCGCCCUUCUAGCCGUAACUCACGGUCAAGGAACAUUCACUCUCUAUGAAAAGAACGACCCGACAAAGUUACACCCAACCCUCGGAGACAGUGAUGUGAUCGUCGACCUCACAUACGGGAGUCUGUCGCGGUGUCCAACGGCAUCAAAUGGACAGGGCUGGAUUUGCAAUGAUGGAGAGGAAUUGGUUGAGUUGGCUGACUAUUAUCUCUUUGAGGAGCUGUGCAAUGUGCAGGAUAAGGUGAGGAAAGGGAAUCGCAAGCCGUUGACGUCGCCGGCGGUGAUGAUUAAUGAUCAUCGGGUUGGCUGGCUGGGAGGUCAAUGA